AUGAAAAGAGAAUCAAAAUUCCUGCGUUCGUGUGCACGGAGGCAGGCUGAUGCGGCACCAGUACGAAGGCACUGCGGUGCCUUGGUGUGCAACGUGCCUCGAGGCACGGUGCGCCAGGCAGUUGACAGGACCAAGCAACUGAAUGAGGAAUUAAAUAUGGUAGAAGACAUUGACGGGGAAGGUUGUCAAAUGCAAAGCUGGCAAUUUAUAGAUGAUGAAAUUAGCAAUUGUGUCAACAAUUCUACAAAUUCCAGUAGCUGUACGUCUCAAACCUAUGAUAAUCCUGAAGAUAUUGUCCUAGUUUCGAAUGGCAAGAAGGAAACUCAUAAUGAAAUCCACGAGGCUCAAAAAACCAAUCAACAGAAACUGAACUCUUCUGAUUCCAGAUGCGAUGACAUUCAUUAUCAAAGUGUUCUUUCCAAUCUUUUGAAGAGUUCUCAACACCUACUUCAGCAAUAG